AUGAAACCUAUAGCUAGUGCAUCCGCGAGGCAGUGGCUGGCCCUGGCUCUGUGUGGUGCCUUGGCGUCCGUUGUAGUGGGCUCGUUCGAUUCUAGUGGACAAGGUGAGUUCGAGUACGAGGAGUACGACGACGAUAGUCCGUACCAGGGCAAGUACGAUCCGGAAGCGGAUGAUGUCCUGGAGGACUUUGCCGACCACUUUGAAGUGCUGGAUCCGAUCACUGACGAUGACAUUUCUUAUUCAGGAUACGAAUACGAUGAACAGUUGGAACGGGCGGACGAAAAUGCAACGUACGUCAGUGCCGUGCUUAAAACCACACUCGACAAUGAUACGCGCAGUGCAAUUGACGUUGAAAAAACGUCGUUAAAUGAAACGCAUAGUGCGUCGUCCAUUGGUGAUCAUACAACGAUCAAGCCUUAUUCGACAGAUGUCGAAAUGCCGUCGCAGGAGGAAGAGAGGACUUGUAGCAACCGUGAGAUCCUAUCCACCCAACCAGUGUACGAGAAUACCUUAAAGAAUGUUAUCAAAAUGUGCUGCCCGCAAGGAGAAAGCCUCAUGGAAGAACACUACAUCUACGUCUCUUGUUUUCCGAAUGAUAUAUGGGGAGGAGGUGAUUCAAACAAGAACUUGCCUGAGGCUAUCAUGGCAAAGUUCUAUAACGGCUGCAUCGAAGACCUCGAGGAACCAGUUAUCCUAGGCGUGCGUUACGGCAACCCGUGCAGUGAAGGUGCUGAAAUGGUUAGCUUUAGUGCGCGUACCAAUGAUUCGCUAUACGUCAUCCAAAACGGAUCCCUGCUAGUUAUCUACGGCCAGGACGUGUUCUACAACAUAUACGAUGCUUACUGCUUAGAUUACGAUAGGAACGACGGUACACUGAUCGGGUAUGUCUGCCCCCAGCAAUUAAAUCUAGUUCCGGACGUCAUCGAAGCGCAGCUGAUGUUGCUCACACUAUGUCUCAUCGUUGCCAUACCGCUACUGCUCACCACGGCACUCCUGUAUAUCAUCAUCCCGGAGCUGCACGAUUUGCAUGGCAAAGCGAUCGCGAUGAAUUGCAUCAACUUCGCCUUAGCACUGCUUUUACAGUGCUUCUUCCAGUAUCGCAACCAGAAAAAUCGAGUGCUGACAGAUGACAUGUUGUUGGCAAAUUACGCCGAAUACUUCCUAUUGGCCACGUUUUUCUGGCUAUUGGCAAAUUGCGCCAACAAUUGUAUUCUCAUUUGGUACUACGAACCAAAGCAGAAGGACCGGAGCAGUCGCAGGGAAAACUUCCUGUUCGUGGUGUGGAUGAUUAUCGCACAAAUCAUCCCGCUGUUCAUUAUUUUGCUUUGCUCCAAAACUAAAAAAGGAAAUCCGGCUAAGAAGCAUUACUUGUUCAUUUCGAUCAUCACGAGCGCCACAUUGGGGGUGAUUUUGUACGUAAUUACUCUGAUUGGCAUCAGAAAGUUGACACGGAUGUAUUACUACUACACGGAAGUACGGCAGCGCUUAAUGGACGUUGGCAAGGAGUCCGACAUAGAAAGCUACAGGAUUUCGGGGUCAACAGUUAAUAAACUCAUCUACAUGACGAGGUACACAGGAACGCUGUUAUUGGUUAUGGGGAUCAUUUGGACAGUGAUGACUGUGACGUACUACAAGCAGCGCGAGCUUCCUAUAUACUACGACAUCUUGUUCGGAGUACAGGGCAUAUUUAUGUUCAUCAUCUUUGUCUGUAUGCCCAAACCGAUGGUAAAAAUCAAGAAUUGGUUCAUUGAAAACAACCACUGUAUCAAAUUCUGCAACAUGCCACCGACUACUCCCGACCCUGUUUCGCGUCAUACAUUCCGUAGUAUUUCGCAAAUGACAGAGACACCAGCGAAAGAGCCAACUAAAUUUUUGUCAAAUCCAUUUAAGUAUUUGCCGGAGUAGAACAUCUCUUGAAACUGGUGAAUACGGGUCUAUACGAGGUGUUUGCAAAUGGCAGGGAAAUAUGCUCGAGUUAAUUCCGCAAUAUAAACAUUUAAAAAGUACUGUUUGCCGUGCCAUGCAAUCCAAGAAAAACGUCACAGUCGAGUGUUAACAGAGUUAAUUUUUGCGAAUAUAAAGAAAUCUAUUCAAAAUUUAUAUUAAGCGGCAUAGUGAUUCAUUUUCGACAGCUAAUUUAGGCUCAACACCCUUAACGCUCCCUUGUAAUUGCCCCACGUCCAAGGUAAUUGCUUUUGGUUCUUAUGAAUAUUCUAUUGCACUACACUGUCGAGAAAAAAUGGUCCAGUAUGAAACAAAGUAAGCCAAGGCGUUUCAAGUAUUGUAUAUCAUGACAUUCAGUAGACCCAGCGUACGUACGGCGGUCACUGCCAGCGAGAUAAACAUGUUAACAUGCUUUAUUGCUUAUAAUGAUAUCGAUGUGUAACGACUCAAUAAGAAUUUUAAACUUGACACUUACAAUAUAUAACGUUGCAGUUUACUAGCUACACAUAAGGAGAAAUACAAAAUCGAUAUUUUUUCUACAAUUUCCAUUUAUUGGUCUUAUGGCCAGGCUAAGGUUGGCGGAUUUCUGCUUAACAAGAACACAAACGAGAAAACAACACGUAGACUGUAAAGGCCUAUUUGUCUAGUAAUCUUCAUAAUUGGCAUACAUGGCUCUAGUACCCGGUGCGAUGGUUGCUAAAUAUUGCCGAAAACGCCAACGGCGCCAUAUUAAGAUUAUGUAUUAUGUAUCCUUGCGAAGGCAAACGGUACCCGUGAUUCAUGUCUAACGUUCAUAU